UGGUAUUUUAUCCCUUUACUAAACCAGUGUUCCUGAAGAACAACUUGCCAGUAAACCUUGCCCCUCAUCUCUGAAAGCUCUUGAAUCCUAUCCCACAUUUUCUAAUAAGGAUCCAAAGGCCAUGGAGGCAUUAAUUGCACUUGUCCUGACUGUGCUGGCCUUCCACGAUGGGAUGUUCCGUGACCACCGGGCAGAAGUGGCCAUGGAUGAGCGGAUGCAGCAGCGAGAGGAGUAUCUGCGUCAGGAGAUGAUUCGGCUGCAGCAGGAGAUUGAGAGGAUUGAGGAAGACACACUGGGCUCUAUGUUGAAGCACUGGCAGUUUGGGUGGAAUGUAGGAGUGUGCCUGGUCCUGAUUGCUGUGCUCUGCUGGCAUAUCAGAGAAAGGAGGUUUCGCCGUGGCAGCUCCAGUGAGCAGGACAGCUCCAGAAGGAAGGAGGAGGAGGAGGAAGACCUUGAUGUUGCACACCAUGUUGUCAGGUCUCUGGCUGUGGCCACCCCACUGCCAGUGCAGGGCCUGCCCGACACAUGCAAGGUGCUGAAGAAGCUGGUGGGUGACCUCCUUGAUGUCUGCAGCGUGCUGUGCAUGAGGACCUGCAUGCCUCAGAUGCAGCCAGCCUCUGGGAUUAACAGCGCUGAUGAAGCCUGGAGUGUCCAGGGGAACAACAUCAGGUACCGCCUGCCCGUCUUCCUGCGGCCGCCUCCCGGGCACUCUUUCAGCCUGGAGCCGGACACCUCGGGGCAGCUGCCAGCAAGGCGCUCCAGCAUCCUUGUGCUGCUGGAGUGCACGUGUUGGAGGAAGCAGCUGCUGGGCGAAACGUUGUGCCUUCUCCACCAGCCCGGCGACAAGCUGCCAGAGGAUAAGGGCUCGAGCCUCCUACGCACCCUCUGCACACACUCAUACUUAGAUGUGGAGAAAAUUGCCUGCUGGGUCCAGGAGCUGGUGAGAUCAGCCUGGCUGCUUCUGCCCCAGUUGCGUCACUGCCAGCUCACGGUGCUGCCCUCCUCCCAGUCCUGCAGGUUCCAGCUGACAGACACCUCGGAUAUGAACAUCUGCACUGAGGUGAUUUUUGCAGUGGAGCAAGGCAGCUCAGUCAUCUACCUGAGCCCUGAGUAGGAGGAGCCCAGCUGCACCAGCAGCACGCCAUGGUCAGAGAGCUGCGCUGCUCUCUAGAUGCAGCUGUUCAGAUUCAUGGCGAGGCAAACCCAGCAGGACAACUUCCACCUUCAGAGGUCUGCAGCUCUGCCCCCACAUCCUGCUGCUCACAGGUUUUUCCAACCUGUUAGGGUUUGAGUGGGCCCAGUAAGGUGUCGACACCUGUAAGAGGAACUCGCCACGUGCUCUGCAGAAUCCAGCUACGUCGGGUGCUGUGAGGAGCCGUGGACCCCUCUCCUGAGUCGGCCUGAUCACAAGGGACCCUCACCCACCUAUUCCUGCGAUUGUCAAGAUCGGUUUUGUACAUAUUUAUAUAAGCGUAUAGGUUUAUAAGUUUAGAUAGCUGUUCUUCACCCCACGUGUUACUCCCUUUUCCGUGUUACAAUAAACUUGUUCCAAUUUCAGUUUCCAACCUCUACGUCUCCCUUUCCUUAUCCCUCAUUUCCCUUGGGAGGGUGUAGGGGGGGUAACAGAGAGCAAAUGUGUCCUCUGGUUUGCGGUUCACCCAUAGCGCUAUUCUGAGAGACACCCAUGGCCGUGACCAUGAGGACCCACCUUCCUCUCACACUGGUGGGGCACUGGGGACAAUUUUGGACACUGGGACAGACAAUGAGCUCAUCCCAGAGACCGCCGGGGAGUCCAUGCCGUGGAGCUGACUUGGAAGGAGUUGAUCCCCUCUGGGCCAUUUUUGCAAUGCAAUGGUGGCAAUAAAUUAGCUUGUUUUAUCCAAUCCUCUGCCUGCAAGUGCCUGUGCAACGCUUUCAUGGGGAAUGCAGGCAGGGAGCAGGUUGCUCUGAUGCAGAAGUAGUGGGGCAGAAAUUUGGUGUAAGUAGCACCAAACCAGAAUGCGUCCCCUCACUCUUUCAUCCUUUCAGUUCCAGACGGUGCUCUAACACACAAACAGGCUUCCCAGGGAGGCUGUGGAGUCUCCAGCCUUCGAAAGUCACCCGGGCCACGGUUCUAGGCAGCCUGCUCUAGGUGGCUGUGCUUGCUCAGCAUUGUCCAAGACAAAAUGGUCAGUAACCUCCCGCGCUGCUUAGACACGGGUCAUUUCAUCCAAGUCCCUGAGGUGAAGGGCUCCCAAGCGAAGGAUCGCGCCUGGGACCCUUCCUCAAGGGGCACAAGCCGCGGCAGAAGCUCAAGGAGAGAAAGGCCGCCUCGGCCCACCCCCGCACACCCCCCCUCAUUGCCUUAGGGGAGUCCUAAGGCAAUAAAAAGGGACUUCAGGGCACUGAGCCGAAUGGUUGAGGGAUGGGGAGCACAGGUGUGGUUUUCUUCAUUUCCUUCAGUGGUGGGGAACACUGAAAGGAACAGGAAAGCACAACUGAUUAACACGCGGCUCAGAGGCUGGGGCCAUCAGUGGAAUUUCUGGUUGACAAUGGGGACGUUUACACGGCAUCGGGCCUGCUGGCCAAAGAUUGAGUGGAACUGACACACAGGAGGCUGAGGGGAGACUGCAUUGCUCUCUGUAGCUUCCUGAGGAGGGGAUGUGGAGAAGGAGCUGCGGAGCUCUUCUCCCUGGUAUCCAAUGACAGGACACUCAGCAAUAGUUCAAAACUGCACAAGGGGAGGUUCAGACUAGCCAUUAGGAAGCAUUUCAUCACCAAGAGGGUAACAAUCCCCGUUUUAAUUUUGAUUGCUGACUUGUGUUUGGGGUGGUUUCUGCCCGCUUUGCAUGAGACUCCCCGGGAGCUCUCUCUGCAGUGCGGGUUUAUACUUGGUGCGAUGCCCAGGACCAGCUGAGCUAGGCAGUGGGGCCUAAGGCUGGGGCUUGCUGGCUGGUGACACUGCUCUGGUGCUGUGACAUCACAGAGGACAGGUCAGAACGGGAGCUGUCCAUAGGGACAGCAGCAGGCAGCCCCACUGCAGUUGGACUUGGGCAACCGGUGAGUGCAGCA